CAUAGAAAAUAUUGUCAAUUUGAAAGUAACGUAUUUCUGUUAAAUAAUUCGUUAUCAUAUAAAUAAUGUAAUGGGAUAAUUGUCUGUAAAUUAUAAAUAAAAUUUCUUUUUAAUUUUCACAAUGAUUUCUUGGGGAGAAAUACUUGUCGAAUGGUGUAAUUGUUUACAAUUAAAUUCUAAAAUAAAAGACAUAAAUGAACUUCGAAGAAGUGAUUUCUUCAAGGAUGUUUUAUCAAUUUUAAAUAAAGAGGAUCUAUUGAGUAAAAUUGAUCAUACAUUUCUCAAAGUAUUAACACUUUUAAGUGAUACAUAUAAACAUGCCCACAUCGAAGAUAUUAAUUGUGAUUCGUUUUUGGAACUACCUGAGGAUAAGCUCAUAAUGAUAACAUCUUUAUUAAUGCAUUAUACUUGUAUUUACGAUGGACGAGAGAAUUUCACAUUGCCUCUGUGUCAAAAUCUCUCUAAAAAAUCACAAUUAUCCAUCAAGAAUUUUUUACAGAAUGUUGACAAGGAUGUUACAUAUUCUGAUCUCAAAAAUAUUAUUGGAAAAGAUAGCAUAUAUGAUAGUGUUGAAUCUAAGUCAACAAAUAGCCCCUUAACUGAUGUCUUUAGAACCCCUAGUUUGAAACGGAGAUUUAAUUAUGAAAAGGAUAGAGCAGUUAAUAAACUGAAAACUGCACUUGAAUUAGAACAAUAUGAAAAAGCUGAUGUGGAGGAUGAAUUGAGAACUCAAAUAAAGAAAACUAAAAAACUUGAAAAAUUAUUGAAUAAAAGUAAUGACGAAAUAAAUGCCUUGAAAUCAGAAAUUUUCAAAUUAAAAUGUCAAACACCUCCGCAAACCUCUAAAAAACCGGAUUUGGAACUUACUGUGAAAUUUUUGAAAAAAGAAUUGGGAAACUUUGAGCAUUAUAUUGAAAAUAAUGAAAAAGAACAUGAACAACUGAGGGAGGAGCAUCAUUUAUAUAAAAAAAAGAUUGAAGAGUACGAGAUAGAAUAUGCUAAAUUGCAAAAAAAAUAUUUGGCAUAUGAUGAACAAAUUGAUGAACUUACUGAAAUGCUCAGUGAAAAAUCUUCUAAGAUAACCCAUUUAGAAACAUAUUGUAAAGAACUUAACGAAAUAUUGGAUGGUUACCGACAGCAGAGGCCCUGUUCAACUGAAAGCAGUUUUAGUGAAUAUAUUUCACUGAAUAAAGUUGAUACUUCAAUUGUUAAUCCAGAAAAUCUUGCUAGUGCAGUUAUUGAAAUUCAGUUGAAGGAAUCUCAAGAACUGAAUGAGGAAUUGAUGUCAAAGGUGAACGCUCUAAAUAAUGAACUGAGCAGUACUAAAAAAUAUUUGGAUUCAAAAGAUGAAGAAAAUAGAAGACUCCUUAAUAAACUUAAUAUUGAAAAUGAAAAGCUAAAAAAAUUAAAACAGGACCUCCAUAUUACAAAAAUGUAUAUUGAAGUUGAAUCGAGUGAAUGCAAGACAUCUUUUUCAUGUUUAGAAAAAGAAAUAAACAAUAUCCUUUCUCUUAAUAAAACAUCAUUAGAUAAUCUUAAUGCUGAAAUUUUCAGAGAAAAAGAGAAUAAUAAUUUCUUGUCACAUAAAAUGGCAGAACUAGAGAUAGCAAUUGUUCAAAUUAGAUCUGAGAAAGACUUGUAUUUGAACAAUAUCCAAACUCUGGAAAAGCAGAAUGAAAACCUAUCUACUAAGAUACAAGAACUUAACUCAAAAUUAUUUGCUUCUGAAAAUUCUAACGAAGAAAAUCUAAAUCAAGUCAAAAUACUUCAACAAAUGACUGAGAAAUAUGAAGAAGAAUCUAAACAAUUGGUUUAUGAGAAGAAUCAGUAUUAUGAAGAGAUCAAAGUUUUAAAAGAGCAAUUGAACCUAAUCACAAAUAAAUCAGAAGAAUAUUGUACAGAAAUAAAAACCCUUCAGAUUAAAAUUGGUCAAUAUGAGAUAGAGCUAGAAAAUCUUUGUGGUGAAAACAAUAAAUGUAAUAAUGAAAUUGAAAAUUUGAAACAGCAGAAACAGCUACUUAAUGCUAGAUCAGAGGAAUACUUCGCUAAAGUGAAAAAUCUUGAGGAUCAGAUUAAAGAAAAUGAAUUGAUGAGAGCUAAGCUUUGUUUUGAAAAUAAUGAAUACAAUAGUCAAAUUGAAGUUUUGAAAGAAGAAAACAACCUACUCAAGUUAAGAACUGAAGAAUAUUCCUCUGAAGUAAACUGUCUUAAAAUAACAUUAGAACAAAAUAAAACAGAAUUAUUUGAAACAAUUUCUAAAAAUAAUAAUUAUGAAUCUCAAAUUGAACAGCUCAGUGAUAAAAUUGAAAAGUUAACUUCUAAUUUGGUUGCAAGUGAAAAUAAUAUUGAUGAGUACAAAGAGAGAAUAAAAGCAUUAGAAAUUCUCAAUAAUGAAAGUUCAAAUAAUAUGAAAUCCCUAAAUGAAUUACUUCAGAUUAAUGGUAUAAAACUUGAUCAAGCUUGCAAUGAACUAAAUGUGUAUUCAAAGCAGUUAGAAAUAUUGCAAAUAGAACAUGAAAAAUUAGCACAUCAGAAUAAUGAACUCGAUCUUAAAUUGAAACUGACAGAGGAAUUGAACAAGGAUGCUAAAACCAAAAUUGAAUCUCUUGAAAUCGAAUUGAAUUCACAAAAAACAAAUAAUUCAAAAAAUAUCGAAAUAAUUCAGGAAAGUGAGAAGAAAAGUGAUGAGAAGGAAGCAUUGAUAAAAAAGUACAAAAAAAGAUUUAGAGAUAUGCAUAUUGAAAUAACUGAAAUAAAACAAAAUUUCAAUGAUAUGAAGUCUUAUUUCAAGAAUGACAAAAAUUUAUUAUAUGAAUUGAUCAAUGACUUGAAAAAAGUGAAUAAUGAAAUUGUGGAAAAUAAUGGCAGUCUCAUUCAUGAACUAGAAGGAAAAUUAUUUAAGGAGCAAGCAUUUAACAGAGAUCAACAACACAACCUAUCUAAAUUAGAAAAUCAGUUGAUUAGCGAAAAAGAAAAAUUUGUUCAAGAAAUUGAACUCUUCAAAACUGAAAGAAAUAAUUUCUGUGAAGAACUUCGGAUUUCUGAAAAAAAAAAUAUUGAAACUUCAAAUAGGAUUAUAUCCCUCCAAGUGACUCUUGAUGAUUUGAAUUUAGAAAAAAGUAACUAUCUCCAAGAAAUGGAAAAAAAACAUUCUGAAAUCCUUGAAUUAGAUAAUACCAUAUCAAGUUUGAGAUCAGAAUCUGAAAAUAUCAUUGCAAAGAAUAUCACACUUCAAGAGCUGGUCACAAGAUAUGAAGAUAAGAUAGAAAAAUAUGCUGAAUUCAAGGAAUUCAUGAAACAGCAUAUGAUUGAUCUCAAAGGUUUCCACCAAAAAGAAUUUUCUGAAUAUAAUAACUUGAUACUGAAACUAAAGCAAUCAAUAUAUGCUUUGAACAUUAAAUUGACAGAAUCGGAGCAACUAAGAGAAAAAUUACUCAUUGAAUUAAGUGACUGUCAAAAGUCCAAUUCAUCUCUUCUGUCUGAUCUAGAAAAGAUUAAUGCAGAAAUGAAUGAAAUGAAUAUCAAUUGGGUGGAAGAUAAGGAACAGAAAGCUAAAAUAAAAAUGGAGAACCAAUCACUUAAAAAUAAUUUUAUUGAUUUAACUAAAACGAUAAAUAUGUUUAAUGAUGAGCUCAAUAAAAUAAUAAAAUCUUUGAAAGAACGCAAAAACCAAUCAGAUUUCAUAUUGAAUGAUUUGCAAAUUGGAGAUUUACUCAAAACUCCUGAAAAAACUAAUAAAACCAAUGUUUCAGUUGAAAUAGACAAUCUAGGUCAAAAAAUAUCAAAAUUGAAUGCUUAUAUUGAUAUCUUCUCGGAGAAAGAAACAUAUUACCUUAAAGAACUGGAAAAUAUGAGGGAGGAGACAGUAGCCUCUAAUAACAAUAAUUUUGAAAUGAUACAAAAUUUGAAAGAACAAAUUCUUGAAAAUGAACAUCAGUUAUCCAGUCAAACAGAAAAUCUGCAUUCUAUUGUGGAAAAAUACAAUCUAUUGCAAUUGGAAAAUCUAGAAUAUUCAAAUAAAAUUGAGAAAUUUGAAGAAGAAAUAAAGAAUAUUAUCAAAAAACAUUCUGAUGAAAUGGCAGUGAAAGAAAUUCAUAUUGUGAAUUUACAAGAGAAGGUUGCUAAUUUAGAACAUGAAAUUCACAAUUUAAAAAAAAUUCGUAAUGAAAAAAUAGAUGAAAACAUGGAAAAUAGAGUCCUUUUACAAAGUCAGAAAUUGAAAAAUGAUGAAGAAAUAGAAAAGUAUAAAACGAAAGUUAUGUCUUUGGAAGCUCAAAUUGCGAUAUUCAAAGAAGAAAUUUCAGAGAUAAAAAAAAAGAGUGGGAAAAAUGAAGAAGAAUAUGAAAGUACUCUAGCCAAUCUACAAGUUCAGGUAGUUAAAAAUAAACUGGAAAUUACUGAGUUGAAAAAGAAAAAUGAAGAUUUGAUAAAUGUGAAAGAUAAUUUAUCCACACAAAUAGAUAUGAUGAAUAAAAGGAGCCAUGAAGACAUGGAAUGCAAAAAAAUUACAGAGGAUCAGUUGGAAGAAGAAAUCAAGCAAUUGAGAAAUGAAAAUGGUGGUUUAUUGAAACAAUUGGAGAUGCACAAGGAGUUACAAGAAAAAAUUGUCAAGUUUGAGGAAAAGAGAAAUCAAACAUUUUUAGAAGAAAAACAAUAUGAACUUUCACAGAAGAUUGAAACCCUAAUGAAAAGUAAUGAAACACAGAAAGAAACAUAUGAAGUAUUCAAAAUAUAUUAUAAAAAAUUCAAGGAGGACUUUGAUAAACUGCUCUCCCAAAAAAAUAGUUUAGAAAACUUGACUAAUAAUGUGAGAACUCAAUUAGUCUCAUUGAGCAAAUAUACUCGGUAUGAUAACUCCCAUAAACUGAUUGAAAAAAAAGAAACUUUGGACAUCAUUUCUGAAGAUAUAAUGAAACAAUACAAUAGAUAUUCAAAACAAAUAAAUGAUAUAGUACAAGAUAUUUUGAGAUAUUAUGAGAACAAUUGUGACAACAUUUUUGCUUCACUAGAAGCCAAAAUUGAAGAUUGUUCAGAAAAAUAUAACAUUCAUGAACUCAGUGAUCAGAUAUCAGACCUAACUGAGAGAGCUGUAGACAUUUUAGAACAGAUUAAAAUAUCACAAAAAGAAUUUGAAAAUACAUGCAAGGUUGAAGAUGAUAAAAUCCAACAAAAAGAAAAUAUACUGUCAACAUCAAAGAAAAUUAAUAUUGACAAAAUCAAGGAGGACGAUUUGAAGAAGAAAAAUUUAACACUGAGGCAGAAAGUGACUCUAUUGGAAAAUACAAAAAAUAAUUUAGAAAAGACAGUAAAAAAAUUGAGAGAAGAAAACAAAAAAAUUAAAGAAAAUGAUAGGAAAUCUAUGGGGAUUGAAAAUGAUUUACAUUAUAAAAUGUUACUUCAAGAAUAUAUCUCAUAUAAAGAAGAUCAGGAAAAGAUUUUGAAAGAAUAUAAAAUAAGUCUUGAAAAUUUACAGAAGGAAUAUGAAGAUCAUAAAGAUAAUUGUAUGAGGACUUCAACUCCAGUUGAAAACAGAUUCUUCUCAAAUAUGGAAAGUGAAAAGUGCCUCGAAGCUGACUUGGUGAAAUUACAAGAAGCUUUUUCAAAUAUUCGAAUAAUUAAUGAAAAACUAGAUAAUGAAAAUAUAUUAUUAAAACAAAUAGUUGGGGAGCAAAAGGGAGAAAUGGAUAAAUUCAUUUCAAUUAAGGAAGCAUAUGAUAAGCUUCUGGAAGAAAAUAAUAAAUUGAUGACUGAGGUUGACACAAUGAAGUAUAAGAGAGCAAGAGAUAGGGAUGAAUUCUUGAGAUGUUUGAAAAAAGAGAGAUUUGAGUACGAGUCAAAGACUUCGAAGCAGAUUCAGAAUAUUAAAGCGGAAUAUGAAACAAAAUUAGAAAAAAUGAAGGAUAAAAUGAUAAAAUUAUAUCGAGAAGAGGUAAACAAAGAAAUGAGUAAAAUCAAAGGAAAACAACAUGAAAGUAUACCUUUAAUCAAAACUAUUGAGCGACUGGAAUGUGAACUUUUUGAAACCAAACAAAAAAUACAACUAUUAUCAGAACGAGACACCUUAAAAAGAAAUCAAGAUCAGUAUGUUUCAUCACGAGUGCAUGGUUCCAACUUACACCUCCAUGAAUUAGAUACUUUUAGUCUUAGAGAUUCAUCUUGCAUUAACUCAACUGCUAUUGAUAACCAACCACGAACUAGUAUUGCUAAACUGAUGGAAUUCAAACAUCCUAACAAGGUGAACCCCUCUGUGCUGGACACAAGAAAACUAAUUGAUGAACGACAAGUGAGGACUCUGCCUAGAUCGGGUAUUUCUGUUGAAGAGGCUAAUAUUAGGAGGAAAACAUCAUUUGGUGUUCCCAGUAGUAUAGGAAACUUGCAGAUGGAGGAUGAAGAGGAAAUGUUCAACAAUAAGUAUUUAACUGAUUUGAAGUCAGGUAAAUGUGAUUUACCGUCAUCAGAAAACAAGGAUUCCAGAGUUUCAGAAUUAGCAUGGCGGAAUUCUUUGGUGCCCCCACAUCUAAAAUCAUCAUACCCAGCAGAAACCCAGUUCUGCAGUCCAGAUCGAUUUAGGGAAGAUGAUAUUAAGUCUGUUGGCGGUGCAUUUGACGAUAGCUUGUGUAAACUACUACCAAAUGAGAAACGAAAAAAGGACUUCGGUACCACUUCCUAUAAAAAGCCCGGUCCUCCUACACCUAGUAAAAAUGGCGGUAGAUUGUCAUUAACUGGAAAUGAAAUGCCAAUAGCCAAAGAACAAAAUUCUGAAUCCAAAAAGAGUACACCAGGUCGAAUAAGAUCACUUUUCACAGGAAGAAGUUCAUCAAGAAGUAGUAUUGAGCCUGGAACCUCUCCAAAAAAAAGAUUGAGUAUAUUCCGCAGGUGAUUGUUAGCUAUAACUAGAAAACUCUACGUCAAGUUUUUAAAAUAUAUUUAUGUGUGUGAUAUUCUGUUACUUAUACAUUUUUUAAUUAGG